AUGCCUCCCAACCUUUUACUCUCCGUUUCUUUAUUUAGAGUUUAUUACCCAUCAUGGCCCCGGAUUGGAUGUCCUAUUCUUGGGGCAAUUUACUCCUUCACCAUCCUCGUUGCCGUUAUCGCUAUUGCUAAUCAUUUCGUUCUUGAUGCUUUUGCAGAAGCCGUUGUUUGCGGAUUAGGAUGGCGGGGGAAUCCCAUUCCUGUAAACCUCUUUCCUCUGGAAGAUUACCUUUUCUACCUGUUGAAGACCCAUAAGCCGGAACAAGGACCGCUAUAUCCAUAUGUCCACUCCCCGCUUGUCUGUGAGGAUGCAGAUGAAAAUUAUGCCGGGAUGCCAUGCGUUGAUGUAUUCUCGGUGAUUAAUGCUUUCUUUGGGUUUCCGAUUGGCUUCAUUUUCCUCGACUUGGUUUACGGUGACUCUCCCGGAUUAUGGUCACUGGUGUUUGUUUAUUCUUUGUCUGUUCAGCCAGUCCUAUAG